UAUAGAGUACUUUCUUUAGAGCAAAGAAAAUGAUAACAUCAUGUGGUACAUCGUCAGAUGUCUCCUUACUGUACUUACACUCGUGGAGAUGGUGAACUCCGCCGACGUGAAUCACCAUCACCAUGUUUACUGUAAAAACAACGAGGGAAAGGAUGUGGAUUGGUUUGUUAUCUAUAAACUUCCUAAGAUGAAACCAAGAAAGAAUCCCCCCUCGAGAUAUAUAAAUCCGCAUGGAGGAGAGAUUGCUUACUUUGACUCGACCAUGACCAAAGGCAAGAAGUUCCCGUACUGGACGGAAAGCAAGUUCGGCAUCUACCACCAGGACAAUCCCGUUGCAUACACCCUCAGGCCUCUCUUGGAGAAGAAGCAGUCAAAGUACAUCGCAUACGUGGUCUACAACGACCAGGUACCGAAUGAGUUCAGAGGCACAAGGGGGGGUCAUUCAAAAGGAGUUUUUAUGGUUGGACCGACCACCUCUGUCUGGCUGCAGCACAGCGUACCGAGGUUCCCCACGAAGCUUCACCAAGGGUAUUACGAAUAUCCCGAAAGCGGUCGAGAAAACGCCCAGCUCUUUCUCUGCCUCACCGUUAACACCAAGUCGACGGCCGACAUCAUUGCUCAUCACCUCCGCCUCCAGUACGCCAACGUCUACCAGAGGUAUUCUGCAUGGAUAAACGAGAAAAACUACCCAGAAGUUUUUAUGCUUCUUCGUGAUGCCUACGUGAAAGGGCUGGAAAACCUUGCUAAUGACACCAUGUUCACCAUUAAAAAGCAAAGGAUACAAUCAGUUGCAAAGCGCAGCACAUGGCAUUAUGAUAUCUACACGACAAUUGUGGCUCCCUUUAUAGUAAAAAGCGAUCUCGUCGUGGAAAGUUGGAGAAAAGGGGCCGGAGGAAUCGCUGAUAAAUCCUGCGCUUAUUAUUCUGUUACUGACGUGAAGACAGUAAGAAUUGUAUUCGAAUCAGGGUGGUACACCGAGUUCAAUUACACGGAGGAUCACAGCAAAUGGGCAGUGGCUGUACCUAAGCCCUAUUUCUGCUUUUCUUCUCUUAAUAGAAUGGUGUCUCAGUUUCAUCGAGGUGGAGAAGUAACCUGUAUGGAAAACAAAAUCCUUGCUGAUCUCUUCCACAACAGCAUCGCUAAUGAGGAUGCCUGCAAGAACCGAAUAGGAAAACCGAAAUCCCGAAAACCAUAA